UAGAAAAGACAUGACUUAGCUGACUGAUAUUUCCAGAACUAAACUCUUCUUCUUCUACUCGUAUAGCAAUGGCUUUCAAACUAGCCUUUCUCUUGGCCGUUGUCGCUUUCGCCAGCGUGUCUGCAACCACCACGACCACCGUCACCACUUCCGUCACCACCGUCUCUGCCGAUGAAGGAGAGGAAGGCAUCCUGAGCUCUCACGACCGCAGUGUCAUCCGCAAGACCUGGGACCAGGCCAAGAGGGACAGCGAUGUUCCUCCUCAGAUUCUUUUCCGCUUCAUCAAGGCCCAUCCCGAAUACCAGAAGAUGUUCACCAAGUUCGCCAGCGUCCCCAAAAACGAACUGAUGACUAACGGCAACUUCUUGGCCCAAGCCUACACCAUUUUGGCCGGUUUGAACGUCGUCAUCCAGUCCCUGGCCAGCCAGGAGUUGAUGGCCAGCCAACUCAACGCUCUCGGAGGAGCCCAUCAGUCCCGCGGUGCUACUCCAAUCAUGUUCGAGCAAUUCGGUGCCGUCCUCGAGGAAGUCCUCGCUGAAGAGUUGGGCAGCGCCUUCAACGCUGAGGCCAAGAGCGCCUGGAAGAACGGACUUACCGCUUUGGUUGCUGGCAUCUCCAAGACCCUCAAGAACCCCGAAGAUUUGGCUGAUCCCCAGACCAAAUUGUCUGCCCACCAAGUUCGUGACGUCCAGAGGAGCUGGGAGAACAUUAGAAGUGGCCGUAAUGCGAUGGUCUCUUCCAUCAUGAUCAAGCUCUUCAAGGAGACUCCCCGCAUCCAGAAAUACUUUGCCAAGUUCGCCAGCGUCCCUGUGGGAUCCCUGAGUGGCGAUGCCGAGUACAACAAACAAGUCGCCCUGGUCGCCGACCGCCUGGACACCAUCGUCUCUGCUACCGGCGACAAGCUCCAACUUUUGGGCAACAUCAACUACAUGCGCUACACCCACGCCGCUCGUAGCAUUCCCCGUAGUGCUUGGGAGGACUUUGGUCACCUUUUGAUGGAGUCGUUGGCUGCCAGCGGUGUCUCUUCUCAUGACAUGGACUCCUGGAAGGGCGCUUUGGACGUUCUCGUCAACGGAAUCGCCCCCAAGAAUUAAAGACAAAUUUUUAUGGAUCUUCAAUUGAAGCAAGAACUUGAGCAAUAACACGGAAUGAAAUUUUACUAACCGUUUACGAGGCUUCUGUUCUCAUUUUUCCUUCUUUCAAUACACUUAUAACU